AUGGAGGAAGAGGAUUCUGAGACUAAAUAUACAAAAUUACGUCGAUUAAACGAAUGUAGAUCAGAUAGAUUAUGCAUACUACAAGAAUUAGGCUAUACAGAUGAUAAUAACCCAUUUGGUGACAGCAGUUUAUCUGUACCUUUCAUUUGGAAGAAGAAGCUAGAAGCUGAAACACUAAAUAGUGAGAAACAUCAAGUUGAAAAUAAAGGAAAUACGUAUCCAUGGUCUAAAUAUGGCGUGUGUCCAAUAGAAAUUGAUGAGGUAUUAGCUAUACAUAGAAGAAGAGAAAAAUUUGAAGUUAAUGAACCUCCAAGAAAAAACCAUUUAACUAAAGAUGAGGAAACAAGAUAUUUGAAUUGGUUAGAAGAUGAGGAGAAACUCCAAAGUUAUCAGAUAAAAAGCUUGUCAGUAAUAAAGUUAAAAGAAAGGCGAGAAUCUGUGUUGGAUCAAUUUUUUUGGAAAAUUCUUUUGUUUUCAUUUUUCAAUAACAAUAACAAACAUUUCAACACUUCUAACUAUAUAUCACCUCUUUCACACUCACUUGACUCUCUAAUUUUAAUAGGUUUAGGUACUCCACUUUCUUAUCUUCUUUGGUUGAGGCAUUGUAAAUUAUCAAGUCAACUAGAGCAUAUACUAAGACACAAGGACAAACAUAUCUUGGAUGAGAUUAUAAGAGAAGUAGAUUCCCAUAUAUCUUUUAAAGAUGAUAAUUCUAGUAUAGAACUUGCACCAGAAUGGACUGUUGUCUUAUAUGGGUUGAAAUACAUUUUAAAAAAAACGGAAAUUGACAGUAAUAUAUUAGAGAAUGAUGAUGAUGAGAUUAAAAAAGUAAUAAGAGAAAAAGAUCUUGAUGAGCUCCAUUUAAUGAAGAAAGAUAUUGAAAAUAAGUUGCAGGAUGAUCAAGAAUAUUGGAGUAAGGUAAUAGUCAUUAUUAGUAUACAAAUAACUUACAAUACCAUCGAAAUAAUAGAAUCAAUGUAUCAGAGAAAUGCUAGUAAAUGGUUAGAUAAUUUAGCUUCAAAAUAUAAGAUAGAGUUAUCUCAAAGUAAUGAUAAUAUUGAAAGUUUAAAAUCAGAAAUUAAUCAUUCAGAAAUUGAGGAAGGAACUAAAAGAGCAAUUUACUGUAAUAAUGAGGAUGAGCAACUUGUCCAAUUACCAAUGGUCGAAUUUCCUAUUCCAUCUAGGAGUGGUAAUUUAUCUAAUCAUCAAAGAAAUGAUAAUGAAUUACUAGUUCCACAAGUUUAUUCGAAAAUCAAUGCACGAUAUGUUUGGAAUCGUUAUAACCGUAAUUAUUAUAAUGAAGAUAGCUUACCACCUAAAACUAUUCAUGGAUAUACUUUUAAGGUUAAAUUUCCUGAAUUACUUAAGGGAAGAAAUAAACAUAUUGUACCUAGAUGGUAUAUUACUACUAAAAGGAAAUAUAUUGAGAUAAAUAAUAUUGAAAUAUCAGAAAAACAAAAUAUAGAUACCCUUGAAGAUGAUAAUAUGCUAAUAUUUGAAAAUACAUCAUGUAAUUUUGUCUUACUUGUUAUAACUUGUGAUAGAAAUAUUUACAAAGAUAUAGCCUUUUCAAUAAUAGACAAAGAGUGGGAUAAAAAUACAAAAAGUGGGUUCAAAAAUAAAUUUGAAAAUGGAACUUUAUAUUUGAAUUUUAACUUUAAAUCAAUGAGAUAUAGAAGAUAA